AUGCGACUAACAUUUUGCCGGCCAUCUCUCCAAGCAACAAAUCAGUUUGUUUGCUCGAGCUGCCGAAGGACAGCCUACGACGUGCUGAAACAACCUACGUUUCGACCACUUCACGCUUCACCCAUCUUCCAGCAACCUCGUCGCCGUGACUUCUUCUCCUCAAAUUCCGCACUUUCAAGCGCCAAAUCCCAUGCAUCAGACACCACAAAGGAUGCCGCCCCUGAGUCUGUCGAUUCCGCGCUGACACUGAAACGUAAGACCGCUCGCUCUCCUGGAACAAAGACUUCGCUUCGAAGGGUUGGGCUAGAGGCACAAAGAUCAAAAGCAGGAAUACUGGAAAAGGCAGGAAAUCGCAACCAGGAUGAAGUUACCUCGACUAAGCUUGUGACGGCCUAUGCUGUGGCCGAGCAGUAUGAUCUGACCAAGGUUGUCGAGAUCCUUCGCAGUAAAGGCUUUGAGCCCGAUCCGCUGGACACAGGCUUAUCACAACAAGUCAUUCACGUCCAAGUUCCCAUAUCUUCUAUAUAUCGUUCUACCAACCCGUCCGCUCGAGAGCUUCCAGCUACGGACGUGGGAGAUAUAUUCAUUUUCCCUUCGGGGACCGUUGUGACCUGGGCACUUCCCGAGGGAUUUACCUCCUACUUUGCAACUAGGACCCUUCUCCCUGCUGCUCAAAAUCCCCACCAGGAACCUGUUGAGACUGAGGAUUUGGACUACAUUGAAGACCCAACCCGGGAGCAUAGCACUAUUCGCGGGGAUACGAUAAUCCUUGGGACCAAGAGACCUGAGCCCAUUUCUCUGGCUGAUGCAGACCAUCAACGUGAAUCAGAGUAUCAGAGUGUUGAUACUGUCUUGACCAAGAUAGCUUUCUCCUCGGGCUUCGCUAGGAGUACUAAGCUUGCUGUUCUGGAAACCAGUCUCUCGACCUACCUAACCUCCACUGCUGACAUUCCAGCCCUGCUGUCCAAAGGCUCUCGACUUCCGUUCAAGCUCUCACGUCCAUUUAUCUUGCGCAAAACAGGUCAACUGUUGCUACUGCGGGCCCAACUCAAUCUCUAUUCGGAACUCACCGACUCCCUCCCGGACCUGUUCUGGGAUUCGAGACACGAAUUGAACCUCGAGAACUAUUAUGACCAGGUUGGACGAGCGCUCGACGUAGGGAUUCGGAUCAAGGUUCUGAACGAGAAGAUGACAUAUGCUGCGGAAAUCGCAACGGUAUUACGCGAGAGGUUGAGCGAGAAGCACGGGUUGUUCCUGGAGUGGACGAUCAUUGUGCUCAUUGCCAUCGAAGUUGGGUUUGAAAUCCUGAGACUAUGGAAAGAGGGUUUCUGGAGUGGCGUUUGGGAGGUUCGUAACCGACAUGAACUGGUCGCUGUCGGAGGACAACAGCAGGGGAGAGUGUUGGAUGAAAAAUAG